AUGCACCUACUGGUAGAUCUCAUCUAUCAGCUUAAAGAGGAGACACUUCAGCAGCAGGACCAACAGACCAUCCAAAUUCCUGAGCACCUGAUUGCUCAUGCUAAUUCAUCAAAUAUUGGGCCUUUCCUGGAGAAAAGAGGUUAUGUCCCAUUGCCAGAACAGAAGUCAGCAUCCAGCACCACAGCUGUCUCUCUCAGCGAAUGGCUCCUUGGAAGCAAACCUGCCAGUGGUCGUCAGGCUCCUUAUCCCAGCACCAACCUCCAGGACUGGCUCACCCAAAAGCCGACCUUGGAGAAUAGUCAGACUUCUGCCAGAGCCUGCAGUUUCUUCAGUAAUGUCUGGGGCAAACUAAGGGGCUUAGAAAACUGGCUCUACAAGAGUCAGCAACAAGAGGUUCCUGAAAAACCAACUUACCAAAAGUGUAACAGCCAUUCUUCUACCAGUUCUUAUGCUGUUGAAAUUGAAAAGGCUGGAGACCUGGACCUUUUUGAUCAAGAUGAGAUGGACCUUUCUGAUUGGCUGAUGACUGCUCAGGAAUCCCAGAAGCUGGAGAAGCCUGGGAAGGGUAGCUGUGAAACCAGUGAGAAGUGGAAGCUCCUCUUGCAGGUGUUCCAGGAGCCCUGUAGUGUGAAUGAUUGGCUUGUCAAGCCUGAUUCCUGUACCAAUUGUUGGGGCAACCAGCCCAAGGGUGUGGAGAUUGAAAACCUGGGCAAUCUGAAGUGCCUGAAUGACCACGUAGAGGCCAAGAAACCCUUGUCCACUCCCAGCCUGAUGACUGAGGAUUGGCUUGUCCAGAACCCUCAGGACCCAUAUAAAGUAGAGGAAGUGUGCAAAGCCAAUGAGCCCUGUACAAGCUUUGCAGAGUGUGUGUGUGAUGAGAACUGUAAGAAGGAAGCUCUGUGUAAAUGGCUUCUGAAGAAAGAAGGAAAAGACAAAAAUGGUAUGCCUGUGGAACCAAAUCCUGAGCCUGAGAAGUGUAUAGAUUUCCUGAGUGUGUGGCUCUGUCCUUCCAGAAAAGAGGCAAUGCAACAAGCUAAGACGUCAAAGGCAGUGGCUCCCUCUAGAAUUGCAGAUUCCUUCCAAGUCAUAAGGAACAGUCCUUUGUCAGAGUGGCUCAUCACACCCUCAUACAAAGAAGGUUGUCUCAAAGUGCCAAGUGCUGAAGACAGAGCUGGCAAGCAAAAGCUUAUGAACCCCGUGGCCACUUCCUGGUGUCCCUUUAACACAGCUGACUGGAUCUUGCCAGGAAAGAAAAUGGGAAACCUCAGCCAUUUAUCCUCAGGAGAGGACAAGUGGCUACUUCGAAAGAAGGCCAAGGAAGUAUUACUGAACUCACCCCUACAGGAGGAACGUAACUUUUCCCAAGACCAUUACGGCCUCCCAGCAGUUUGUGACCUCUUUGCCUGUAUGCAGCUUCAAGUUGACAAAGAAAAGUGGUUGUAUCGAAUGCCUCUACAGAUGUGAAGGAAUGGAACACGAGUCAAGCAACUUUACUGCAAAUUACCACACAUCCAUGGGCCGAGUGACUGUGCGGCUUGCCAAAUCAUUGUGUUUCUGGGUCUGACCAGUCAGCUUAGUUCCUUUUCCUACCUAAUUUUGAGCUAGUGAAGAGAAAUAAGUCAUCAAAUUAUGAGUUACAAUGUAAAAGAAAAAGGCUGUUUGUUGAUGCUGAGGGUGAUCAGUUCCUUCUUACAGAAGUAUUAACUCAGCCCUACACUAGAAACACAGCAUCUUGGUGGACAGGUCUUUUUCAUAAGCCUCUACAGCUCCUUAGAUUGGAUUAUUACUAGAAGUACAUUAAAACACUGUAGUUUUAAAAAUGAAAUAGUUCUAUAAUCAGGGUGUGUUGAUGUAUUCGAAAGCUAGUGAGCUUCCCUAACCUUUUGAUUGUCCUCCUUUAGAUGCUUCCCUUGCUGUGGGUUUUCUUCCAUUGGUGGUGGAAAUGAUUCUUCUGUUUAAUAUAUAGUAUAUUUCACACAAGCACUUAACUUCGCCAAUAUAUUUUUUUCCUUACCAAAAUGUGUAUUAACAAUCUUGGCAAUUUUGGACAUUAAUUACAAAACAUUUUAACCUACAUGUCAGAUUC